AUGGCCACACCUGCCCUCCGAAAUGCCUGGCGCAUACGCUCCAUAUUAUCAACGAGGCACGCUCGGCCAAUAACCACCAAAGCAAUCUCCCAAAAGUUCCAAAUCUACACCUCCAGCUCAGCCAACCCAUACCUCAACCUCUCCAUCGAGCACCACCUCCUCGAAAAGUCCGACCCCGACUCGACCGUCCUCUUCCUCUACACAAACGACCCAUGCGUGGUCAUUGGCCGCAACCAAAACCCCUGGACCGAAGUCAACCUUCCACAACUAGCACAGACAAGAAUAAAAUUCGGCCAGCUCAAGCACCACCUCGUCCGCCGGCGCUCAGGAGGGGGAACCGUCGUCCAUGAUCACGGCAACGCGAACUGGUCCGUCAUCUGCCCCAAGGAUGUCUUCGAUAGGGAUAAGCACGCGCUCAUGGUGGUGGAAGCGCUGAAGAAUAUGGGAAUAAAGGGUGUCAAGGUCAACGAAAGACAUGAUAUUGUUCAGGAAGCGCAAGAUGCCGAAGGACCCGAGCCUGCACCGUCGACAUACAAAAUCUCGGGUUCAGCGUACAAAUUGACGGGCAAGCGCGCGUUGCACCAUGGUACAUUACUUCUCAACUCUGACUUGAGCGAUAUCUCGGGGUUGUUGCGCAGCCCAGCAGCACCAUAUAUCGCCGCCCAGGGCGUGGAAAGUGUCCGGAGCCCAGUCUGCAACGUGGGAGUGGAGGAUAAUACCGACUUCUACAAGGCCGUUAUCGACCAGUUCAUGACCAUGUAUCCGGAUAGCCAGUCGGCUGAGGUGAAAGAGGUGGAACAGCAAGAGGCGCUGAACCAUGACAAUAUUUGGAAAGGGGUUCAAGAGCUACUGGUCCGUUCUCCCCCCUACCUUCCCCUACGCCAAAUACUAACAUCACCAUCAGUCCCCAAAAUGGCUCUGGGAAUCCACCCCUAA